AUGGUUACCAAAUUUGAAUACUACAGGGGCAGGUCUUCGAAGAAGCAUGUGAAAGCUGACGUUAUUAUCCUGGGAUGCAGUCUUCCAGGAAUUGUAGUGGCUCAUAAACUCAAGAGUGAGUUUGGGGACACCAUGGCAAUUGUAGUGCUCGAUCUAGUCGGUCCAACUAGAGUAAACGCCUCUAAAUGUAAUGUAGUCUUCCUUGGGGAACUUGACGAAGAUAACGAUGAAGCCAAUAGCGAAAACGGUGACCGCAAAGACCCUCACACACAUGCGUUUGAUAACGUCACACGACACUACAUCGAUAUGUACUCAACAAUGUUCAGUAUACCCAUUCCGGACUAUAUAAUCGAACCACAUUAUCCAGAGAAACCACUCAAUAAAGUGUUUCAGCAUACCAAUGGAGAAACGGUCAACUGCGUCACCAGUUACCACAACUUCGACUACUUAAGUUUUUGGGAACGGUUCGAGUUGAAACAAUACCAACACAGACUCGACAAUAUAACCAGAGAAGUGUUCCAAGUGAACAUCAUCAGUACGGAAUCUGAGAGAAAGCAGUUGUUGUAUUACGACCAGACGACUAUGGAGAAACACAUUUGUGACACCCUGCUGUUCACUAAUUCAAAAGAUGUCAUGAGAACUAUAGUAAGGUUAGUGUGUGGAGCAUCAGCGGAUACAAUUUCUGUGUUGUUUUAUCUACAUCAGUGCUACAGAACAAGUAGUACGAAGAAUCUAGUGGACGGUGAUAACACAAGGUUCCGCGAGAAACUUUUAGGCUAUUGCAGAAAACGUUUGGCAAACAUCUUGCAGCAGAGUGUCGCCGACAUCACAUUACGGACUAAAUCAAUCAAACAAAUCAGAACUUAUUCUGAUGAAGAAGUUAUCCUCGAAACGAUGAAAGGUGAUAGCGAUUACAUAUGCAAUCUUCUUGCCAUGGCUUUGCGACCUGAUGAGCUCUAUAACAUAAGAGUCGAGGAUCAGCUUCUAUCAGAUACCCAAGCAGAAAUUUUGAAGGCCAUGAAACGUGGAAUGGCUAAGAAAUUUCUGAUACAAUAUGAAGAAAAUAUAUGGCAGGCUCAAGGUUAUAGCGGUGAUAUCUUAAGUUUGCAAGGUCCUAUUCUAUGGGCGAUGGAGCGACCUCAAAUGUCUACCACAGGACGUAUGGAUCGAUAUGCAUCUUUAGUAGGUUAUCUGAAGGUGGGCGACAAUUUUGAGAAUGAUUCCAAAGAACAAGUGAUAACACAACUUGUCAAAUUGUUUGGCCCACAUGCAGAAACUCCUGUUUCUUACAGGGAAACCAAUAUAAGUGACGUGUUUAUACCCCGCUGUGGUGAUUACGUUUCUCUCAGUAAAUUAAGACGUGAUGAGAGUGAAGUGAAGUCUAGACACGUGGAUUGGGGUGCUCUUGACAUUUUCGCUGAAGGAGACGUGGCGGCUGCUUUAGAAGCUGGUCACUUGGCUUAUCUCAAUCUGAUCACGAGUUUGAGACCCCAAGCACAGACUUUUGAGGACUUAAGUGGAAUGCAGAUGCCGACGGUUCUAACCUACAAUCCAUUCAGCAAAUGGUGUUCCAAAAUAAAUUACAUUUCGGGAAUGCAAUUUACUGUUAUAGCAACCGCCUUUUAUGUUGGCAUGCAUCUUGUGCGGUCUUAUUUCAAAAAAUAA